GGCGCGUGGGCGCGCGUGGUGUGUAUUUAUUUCGUUGGCGCGAUCGUUAGAAACUGUACCAUUGCUGGACACACAGCCUGACGCUUACUCUUAGCUCCGCUCCGAUGGCUCUUUCUUCCACCGCACUGAAUUCCGGCGUCCUUCCCGAUGAGAUUCGCUCGUCUCUGCCUCGGAAAACUCCCUUCACAAUUCGUCGUUGCGCUUCAUAUAAAUUUCCAUUACACGUCUUUCCAAAAUCGGUUUUGAAGUGCCGGCGUGUGGUGGAAGCCUCUAUUGCGGCGCCGGAAUCGAAGGCGGAGAGAAAUUCUUCCAUUGACGAAGAAGGUAGAGUGUUGCGAGUCGGAGUUAUCUGCGGCGGUCCUUCGGCCGAGCGCGGGAUCUCGCUUAAUUCCGCUCGCUCUGUUCUGGAUCACAUUCAGGGGAAUGAUUUGCAUGUGAGUUGCUAUUACGUUGACUGCAAUCUCAAAGCGUACGCCAUAUCCUCUGCUCAGGUGUACUCAAACACACCUGCUGAUUUUGACUUCAAACUUGAAAGUCUUGCCCAAGGUUUCAAAUCAUUGAAUGAGUUUGCUGAACACCUUGCCUCCUUUGUGGACAUAGUGUUUCCUGUCAUACAUGGUCGUUUUGGUGAAGAUGGUGGCAUCCAAGAAUUGUUGGAGAAAUUUAACAUUCCAUUUGUUGGGACCCAAUCCAAUGAAUGUCGCAAAGCAUUUGACAAGUAUGAUGCCUCUUUGGAGCUUGAUAAACACGGCUUCGUUACUGUACCAAGUUUUCUUGUUCAGGGAAGUGAAUUGGAAGAAACUGAGCUCUUAACAUGGUUCACCAAAAAUCAUCUGGAUGUUAAACAUGGAAAAGUUGUGGUAAAGCCCACGAGGGCAGGAUCAAGUAUUGGUGUCACUGUUGCUUAUGGUGUUUCUGAUUCUCUCAUUAAAGCUAAUGCAAUUAUCUCAGAGGGAAUUGAUGAUAAAGUCCUCAUAGAAAUUUUUUUGGAAGGCGGUAGAGAAUUCACAACCAUUGUCCUUGAUGUGGGUUCAUCUUUUGAGUCCCAUCCUGUUGCCUUACUUCCAACAGAGGUGGAACUUCAAUCUCAUGGCAGUGUUGAUUCCAGCGAAAAGGACAUCAUUUUCAAUUAUAGGAGGAAAUAUCUACCAACACAACAGGUUGCUUACCAUACACCACCUCGAUUUCCUGAAGAUAUAAUUGGAAAUAUUCGUGAAGGAGCUUCCUUACUAUUUCAAAAACUCAGCCUAUGUGAUUUUGCUAGAAUUGAUGGUUGGUUUUUGCCACCUACUCAUACUGAUUGCCUGACUGGCAAUAAGUUCGGACAUUCUGAAUCAGGCACAGUGGUGUUUACUGACAUUAACUUGAUCAGUGGGAUGGAGCAAACAAGUUUUUUAUUUCAGCAAGCUUCAAAGGUUGGAUUUUCACACUCUAACAUUCUCCGCACUGUAGUUCAACAUGCUAGCCUGAGGUUUCCAGAGAUUAGCCAACGUACUAUGGCAUCAAGUGCCUCUAUAAGAAACAAAUCUUCACAAACUAAAAUUGGUUUUCCGCACCACAAAGAUCUGAAGAAAGUUUUUGUUGUUUUUGGUGGAGACACUUCGGAGCGGCAAGUCUCUCUUAUGAGUGGAACUAAUGUUUGGUUGAAUCUUCAAGCAUCUGACGAUCUUGAAGUAAUUCCAUGCCUGCUUGCCCCUGCAAAUGGUUGCUUAUCCAAUGAAGAUGCUGACAAGACUGAGCUAGGAAUCACCUCAAGGGUUGUUUGGUCCUUGCCAUAUUCAGUGGUGCUCAGACAUACUACUGAAGAAGUUCUUGAUGCAUGCAUUGAAGCAAUUGAGCCAGUUCGGGCAGCACUGACAUCUCGGUGGCGGAGAAAAGUGAUGGAUGACAUCAUAGAAGGCUUACAGAAACAUGAUUGGUUCAAAGGGUUUGAUAUAUCUGAUGAUUUACCAAAGAAAUAUUCCCUUGAACAAUGGGUCGAGCAAGCCAAGAAUGUUGGGGCAACUGUUUUUAUUGCAGUUCAUGGGGGCAUAGGUGAAGAUGGAACGCUACAGUCACUGUUGGAGGCUAAAGGAAUUCCCCAUACAGGUCCUGGUGUAAUUGCUUCUCAGACAUGCAUGGAUAAAGUAGCUACAUCCCUUGCUCUUCAACAUCUUACUGAUCAGGGUGUCCUCACAAUUGCUAAGGAAAUAAGAUCCAAGGGAGAUUUACUGAAAAAUUCUCCACAUGACAUUUGGUAUGAUUUGACAUCAAAACUUAGGUGUGAAACUUUAUGUGUCAAACCAGCCAGAGAUGGUUGUUCAACUGGAGUAGCAAGAUUGUGUUGUGACGGCGACCUUGAUGUGUACAUCAAAGCAUUGGAAAACUGUUUAUCACAGAUUCUUCCCAAUAGUUUAUCAAAGGGACAUGGACUGAUUGAAAUGCCAGUUCCUUCUCCGGAGAACUUGAUAUUUGAGCCUUUUAUUGAGACAGAUGAAAUCGUUGUUUCAUCCCAAUCAAAUUCUGGGAAUGCAGACAAUCUUCUUUGGGAAGGAAACAGCCGAUGGGUGGAAAUUACAGUUGGUGUUCUAGGAAAACGUGGUUCAAUGCGAUCAUUGACUCCCAGCAUUACUGUGAAAGAAUCCGGAGAUAUAUUAUCACUUGAGGAGAAAUUUCAAGGUGGAACUGGAAUCAACUUGACUCCACCUCCUCCCUCUAUUAUAAGUACUGAUGCACUAAAUAACUGUAAGAAACGUAUAGAACUCAUAGCAAACACUCUGCAGUUGGAGGGAUUUUCGCGUAUUGAUGCAUUUGUCAAUGUGGACAGUGGCGAGGUGCUGAUCAUUGAGGUGAACACCGUUCCUGGGAUGACACCUUCUACCGUCCUCAUUCACCAGGCUCUUGCCGAAGAUCCUCCCAUGUAUCCUCACCAAUUCUUCCGCAAACUGCUUGAUUUGGCAUCCGAAUGAGCCGCGUAAAGGUUUGCCUUUUGAACUUCUACUUUUGUGCCUUCGAAACAAUUUACUGUCUUCCCUUACAUUAUCAUAUCAUCUGCUGCUCUUCCUAACAAAAUUUGACAUGAAAAAGUGUGUAUUGGGAAAGGAAUUUCAAUCCUCACUUGGCAUGAAAAUUUCCCAGUUUCUUCUUCUUACAUGUUAUGUUUCAUUGUUAGGAAGUAGGAACUAAACUCAUAGCAGCUUGCAAUACACGAAAAGAAAUUGUUAAGACAACCUGGAUUUUAAGAAUAGUCGAUAAAUAGGAUGAUGUUGAUUGGAAAGAUGAGCUCAAAAGAUUGAAUUGAAUAAUCACUGCAACUAGUCUGCCUCGUG